UUUACUUUCUAUUAUCGGUUCUGCUGUUUUUGUUGUACAGUAUCUAGAUUUCAAACCAGAUGCAAAGAGAUUUAACUGGAGCAAAUCUCUCCACGUGGAAGCAUGACAACUACUCAAAACAUGACAACCGCAUUAUGGUACAGAAAAUAACCAAUUAAGGAGGAGAGAAAAUAAAAAGGAAAAGAAGUGCUAGCCAGAAAAAAAUUGAGAUUAUCAAUGGAGAGCAGUUGCAGAAAGGUCUGUGUAACAGGAGGUUCUGGUUAUAUAGGCUCUUGGCUGGUAAAGAAGCUAUUGGAGAAAGGCCACACUGUCCAUGCAACACUAAGAAACUUGGGUGACACCUCCAAAGUAAGCUUUCUCAAGUCUCUUCCUAAUGCAGACACGAGGCUUGUGUUAUUCCAAGCUGAUAUCUACAAUCCUGAUGAGUUUGAGCUGGCAAUCAAAGGCUGUGAAUUUGUAUUCCAUGUCGCUACUCCCAUGCUCCAUAGCCCCCAAAGUACACAGUACAAAGACACCACUGAAGCUGCAGUUGCUGGGGUGAAAAGUAUAGCUGAUUCCUGCGUUCGAUCACAAACCGUCAAGAGACUAAUCUACACAGCAUCUGUCAUGGCCUCGUCUCCAUUGAAAGAAGAUGGGUUUGGCUUCAAGUCUUGUUUGGAUGAGUCCUGUUGGACACCCCUCAAUCUCUCAUACCAGCAUAGCAAUGACUUCAUGAUGGCAUAUGUGAAAUCAAAGACACUAGCAGAGAAGGAGGUUUUGAGCUAUAAUGAAGAUGAAAGUAGUGAUCAAUUAGAAGUGGUUACCCUUGCUUGUGGCCUAGUUGCAGGAGGGACACUUCAGAACUAUCCUUCAGCAACCAUAGGAUGUGUUUUAUCACAGCUUACAGGCAAUUUAAUUCAUUAUGAAGGACUAAGGUUUCUGCAAGAAAUGCUUGGUACAAUUCCUCUUAUACACAUCGAUGAUGUCUGUGAAGCACACAUCUUCUGCAUGGAAAAACCAGUGAUGAAAGGCAGAUUUCUGUGUUCAGCUGUCAAUGCCACCAUCAAUGAGAUUGCAGACUUCUACUGCAAAAAUUAUCCGAAAUUCAAGAUAACAGAAGAGUUCACAGGAGGGGUGGAGGGGCCAACCUGCAAAUGGGAUUAUACAAAGCUGGUGAAGGAGGGCUUUGAGUAUAAAUAUGACUUGAAGAAGUUAGUAGAUGAUAGUGUGGAGACUGGGAGGCGGCUAGGAGUCUUCUCAGAGUAAAAAUCAUAUGCUCACCACCAUAUAUAUAUGAAGUGUCGUCUCCACGAGCGGACAUAGCUUUUGAUAAGGGGAUUUGAAACCAGGACAUAGCUCACUGAUAGUGAUAAUCGACAAAAUUCCCUGAAGUCGAGUGCGAAGGAACUCGGACGGGUGGUUUGUAAUUUGAUUGUUUGUUUAGAGUGGACUUUGUGAUGUCCUUGACUAAUUUCAUAAGAGGCCAACUCAUUUGAUUUAUAUAGUCUUAUCUUAAAGUGUAAGGUCAAUAAAUUAAAGCCAAAAGAUAUCUAUAAAUAUAGAUAUUUUUUUCAUUUAUA